AUGGAAAUCUACAUGGACGGAUGGUACAAAUUUAGUGGGAACGAAAGCCUGCCAACUUAUCCUCUUAAAUCAGGACAGUGUGGUUCAUCUUCUCCUAUCUGGCUGGAUGGUACUUAUCCAACAACAUAUGGUGAAAUAUCCUCACUGACAGCAUGCAUGGUAGGAAAUGAUACCGAAUGUAGAAACAGCUGGAAUGUUUCUGUAAUGCUUUGUGAUGGAUACAAUGUUGCACAUCUGAAAUCAUUGUAUUCUAUGGCGGACUGUGGCAGAUAUUGUAUGGAAUAUACCAAUGAUCCCUGCUCUAACUACAGCGUUAUAGACUAUGAUUUCACAAGACAUCAAGACUACUUCGACCAUUCAUACAACUGUGAUGACUUUUGGUCAGGAGGGUGGUAUUACUUUGAAGGUGGUUACAACUUAUCGACAACCCCGGCCAUGUCCGGUCAGUGUGGAUCAUAUAAUCCAAUUUGGAUCAAUGAAACGAUAGAACAAACAGUUGACACAGAUCUGGUAUAUCUUAGAGCAUGUGAAGGUUAUUCGGGCGAAUGUGACUACACAUGGAGCAUACCCACGAUGAAAUGUGGAAGUCGGAAUAUUAUGUAUCUUAGACAGAAGGGAAUGUGUGGACGAUAUUGUCUAGAAGCUAGAAAUUCAUCUGAUGUUUCUACCACACCUUCGGUUGUAUGGGAUGAGCCUUGUCACUGGCACAAUAUAAUAACCAGUAAAUUUGAAAGGACUGUUAAUUAUACACUGCAAAGUGGAGAAUAUGAAGACUGUUACGACAUGGAUAUCCACACGGAAGGAUGGUACAAAUUUAGUGGAAACGAGAGCAUAUCAACUCAUCCUCCUAAGCCAGGACAGUGUGGUUCAUCUUCUCCUAUAUGGCUGGACGGUAUGUACCCGGCAACAUAUGGUGAAAUAGCCACACUGACAGCAUGCACGGUAGGAAAUGGUACCGAAUGUGAAAACAGUAAGAAUGUUACUGUAAUGCAUUGUGAUGGAUACAACGUUGCUCAUUUGAAACCUGAAUAUGACAUGACGAACUGUGGCAGAUAUUGUAUGGAUUCCACUUUAGAUCCUUGUUUGAACUACAGUGUCAUCUUAUAUGACCCAACUCGACAUGCAGACUACAAUGACUCUAGUCAUAUCUCUAACGAAUGUGAGUCAAUGUAUUUCAACUAUGGAUGGUAUAGAUUCGAAGGCAGUUAUACUUUGGCAAACUCACCUGUUUUGCCAGGACAGUGUGGAACAAAUAAUCCAAUCUGGAUGAACGGGUCACUGCCUACAGUUGACAAAGAGAUAAAAUAUGUGAGGGCUUGCGAAGCUCACUUGGACUCGGAUUGUGCCAACAGUGUGAGUGUACCAGUGAUGAAAUGUGGAGGAUAUGAUAUAAUGUAUCUCAAGCCUAUAAUGUGUGGAAGAUAUUGCUUAGAAACAGAAAAAGACAUAUAUUCCAGUAUGACAACAACCGAAAUUCAUACAUCAUCAUCAUUCGAUGUCACAUUAUCGGAUAAUUUGAGCAAGAUUGAAAUUUCUAUAGACCCAUCCUCCACAUUAUUGGAAUCGUCUGCAGACAAUACAAAUAGUCUAUCGACAUCUGAGAAUUGGAAUAUAGUACAUAUGGAUAUAAGUUCGUCCACCGAAGACAUUUACACGAGUAUCGGUGACAUUACCGACAGUUUGACAUCUAGUAUGGAAAACUGGAAUAGAAAGGAGACAAUUAUACAGUCACAUUCGUCCGGGACUUGGAAAUCAGUAGAUACGGUUAUGUCCUCGGAAUUGAUUUCUCGAAAUGAAUAUGAUAUGACCACAAUUUCGGCUUCUUCAUAUUUGACACAUAAUUUGUAUUCCACUUCGAACAUCGUAAAUUACCUGGAUACCGUUUUAGUUUCGUCGUCUUCGAGAAUGGAUAAUGGUUUUGAUAUAACAAGCAGUUCGUCUUCCUAUCAUGAGAAUUGGGAUAACAUAGAGACAACUAUUAAGACAUUGUCAUCCUCGUUUAAUUUUGACCCAAUAGACAGUACAAAAAUAUCAAGUUCAGAGAAUUUGAAUACUUUCAUCAUAUCUUUCUCUGAUGACAGUAAAUCAUCGGCAGUAGAUAGCGGGAACACAAUGCAUACUACUGUAAAUCCAUCAUCUCCGGCCAUUACUUUUAGCUCACAGGAGCCUUUGGAUAGAAUGAGUACAACUAUAUAUUUAUAUACCACGGAUUCCUCAACAAACAAUGAAGCAAAUUCUUUGUUUGAAACUAUAACUUCCUAUGCCAGUUUCGCGCCCUCAGAAGUAUCUGAUCAUCAUCAGUCAAUAUUUCAGGGAACUAGUACCAGUUUAGAAACCCAAGUAUCAGAUAUAAAGACAACACAGAGUUUUUAUUGGCAGGAAGCAUCUUCUACAGACACAUCCCUGAUGACUUCUACCGAAAAUAUUUAUGUUGAUUUGAAUAUAACAGACUACAUUUACUGGCUUUAUGCAAGUCCUACAAUUCCAACGUACGAUUUGAACUCAGAAGAUCACCAGUUGAUGUUUGAAUGCUAUGUCUAUUCUGGGUACUAUUACUAUAACAGUUAUGAUUCUCUCUUAAAUUCAAUGACGUAUGAUAUCCAAUGGUACAUUGACAAUGAAGAAUUCCUUACAAAGACAGAUAUUGCAUACGACAAGAUUGAAACCGAGGGCAGAUUAAAGAGUACCGAUUGGAUGCAUCGAGAGAAAAAAAUAGGAAUCAAUAUCAAAUGUGGAAUUAGAUUUCAUUUGUCGUCAAACAAGGAUUUUAUGGAGAGCUGGAACUACUACGCUGGCUUAGAUAUGUGGCCGAAUUACCUGUCAAUAUCAAGUGGAGAAUCAGCAACAUUAUAUGUAUGGACAACCGUUCCUAUAGCUUGUAGAUAUAACGACACAACGUACUCUUGUAAAGUCAAAUUAGAUUUAUUCGACUUUAAUGAACAAUUUACAGCUGGUGCUCCAAUGUAUUGUAAUAAUUCUGUCACCGAAAUGACAAAACCGUCAAUGUGUGGAUUGGAACUUGAUGGAUGGCGACAGUGGGCGUGGCAAACUUUAGACAUCAACCUCCCUGAAAAUUCUGCAUCGGAUCAGGAGUACCAAGCAAAAGUUAAAUUGAGAGUAUUGGAAGCUGACGAUGACCCAAUCUGGUCCAACUAUCAACUACCGGAAGUCACGGUACAUGUAGUGAAUGACAAUGUAACAGAUGAUUACUGGUGGUGGUAUGGAUGGUGUUUUACUGGUACAGAUCCUUGGUUUUCUACAUUUGAUUGGCAAUCGUAUGAUUUUCAUGACCAGGGAGAAUUUGUCCUAUACAAACACAAAACUAAACCAAUAGAGGUUCAUACUAUCCAACGAAGAUAUGAAAAAGAUCAUACUUGGACAGAACAUUGCGCUAUAGCGGUGCGCGCUGCAUCUGACGUUUUCAUUAUCUAUGGAUGUGGCAAACCUACCAAGUGGAUCAUUCGUAGGUUAAACUGUGGAAUCGGAAAUGAAUAUUUAGAAGUACACAGUCGCUGGGGUGGAUAUGAGAUCGCUCUUCCAACGGGAUCUCGUGUGUAUGUUUGGAUCUCCUUAAACAGACGAAUAAAUGCAUAUAUUUCUAUGUCUCGAACCGAUAGAUAUCAAACAGAAGGUUUAUGCGGAACGUGGAAUAGAGAUUACGAAGAUGAUUUCACUGGACGCGAUGGAGUAGUGUAUGAUAAUGCAACGACUUUCGCAAGGACUUGGCGUGUUCCCGCAAAUGACAGUUUGUUUAUGGAGAAAGAAAGAACAGAAAAACUAAGUCAGUCUUUUAUGUAUUGCUCAUGUAUGAACUCAACCCAAGAUGGACUGUCGCCAAAUGUAGAUUGUUCCUGGAAAGAAACUAUGCCGACCUGCCCUCCGUUAAAUUGGGGAAGGGAACCAUGCUCCAUUCGAAGCAAACGCUCCGCUGACGAUGACGAUGAUGUCACAAUUGAUGUUUCACCAGACAUUGUAGCAUAUAUUAAAGAACCAGUAGUAGACCCAGGAUGGAAGAAUGGUUGGAAUGAAUCAGCCGCUGAUGAUGCCUGUAAUAGUUACUUCAGAGAAUCUAUUCUAUUUGACGCCUGUUCAUCAAUAUCUAAUGUCAAUGCUUCAUCUGCAAUUUCAAAUUGUGUUGUGAAUAUAAGGAUUGCUGGAACAGAUGAAUAUAUGGCCGAUUCCUUUGAAUUGUUUAAGACUCAAUGUAUUAACGAAGUCCGUACUAACAACAGCCUAUAUUCCGAAAUGAGUGCUAAUGGAACUAGUAUAGCCCAGCUGAUAACUGAAAACGAUUGUCCAUUCGAAUGUAAAUACAAUGGUGUGAAAAAUGGAGACUGUGUAGAAAGUUUUUGCAAUUGUUAUUCUGGAUUUACUGGUGAAGAUUGCCGUGUUAAUAUGACUGCACCACCUGUUCUUGCUACAGAGAUGUCUAACGAUUCAUUGUGUGACACUGGAAGCCGAGCCUGCAACUAUAUCUCAGUGUUUGGAGAAAAUUUCUAUAUAUCAAACGAUAUCAAAUGUCGUAUAGAAAAUGCUGAGAUCAUAGAUAAUAAGAUAACGUCCUCUGGUUCAUAUAUUUUUACAACUGCCAUUAUGGAAAAUAUGGGAGAAAUAAGAUGUUCUACGACAGCCAAUCGACGACGCCGAAAAAGGUCGACAACAAGUACAAACGCCACCAAUGUCUAUCUUGUUUCAGUCACUAACAACGGCGUUGAGUUCAGUGAUUCAGUUCCAGUUGUAAUGUUUGAUUCAACUUGUAACACUUGUACCACAACGGAUACAUACGUGUUUUGUGAAUUACGGUCUGAUGUGUGUGUACUGAACGGCGCAUGUUAUGCUGAAAGCAGCUCCCAAUGUAAUGUUAGUUCCGAUACUACUAAGUCUGAUGCAUUCAAGCUCUGGAUUAUUGGAAUAGUAGUCAGCGUACUUCUUGUGCUAAUAAUUUUCAUCUUAGUUAUCAAAUGGUGUGGAAAUAAAAAGAGACCAGUUUCCCCAAUGGAGUACUACACAGAUGAACAAGCUGAUAUCUUUUUCAAUCAAAAUAGUGCAUUCGGUAAUGGAGAAAGCAGUGUCCCAAACAGAAAAGUUCUACCAAAGCCUGUCAAAAUAAAUGUUCAACCAUGGUAAAAGUACCGACAUUUCCGUCCAUCUGUUGUUUGUUUUAUUUAUAUUUUUUUUAGAGUAACUUUAUGAAUAGAUGUUUGUUACAAGGUUAUAUGAUUUAUUGUUAAAUAAAUCGAUUAGAAAUAAUUUUUAAAAUUUUAAAGUAACAGUUACAACUGAAUCUCAACAUGUAACAUGAAAUAAGCUGUGUGCAGAAUAAGAUUUUGGAUAUGGUAAUCGAUUGAUGAUUUAUAUGAAUAUAGACCUGUACCUUUAAGUAUAUGGUACGUGCUGCGUACAUGUUUUUUUAAAUGAUACUAUGAUUAUUUUUUUCUUAUUUACUAAUAAUUUUCUUUUUCAUAUUAGACAUAUUAGGCCUGAGAUUUUAAAAGCAGCAAUUGAAACCAAAGCACAUACUGAAUGCUUGUUAAUCAAAACUUUCUCAGUAUUUACUUUUUCACCUAUCUAAUACGUAUAAAGUUUGCCUACUUUAAGACAGAUUUUGAAAGGAUGUAACCAUUAACGUAACUUCCUAACGCAAAUUCAUCGCGUCUUCUUAUCAAAACUGCACGAUAUUAAUUUAUCAAAUUGUACUUUAUAUUUUCACCUAUUCCUUAUCUUAACUUAGCGUACUGAGUAUGAAAUGAUUCUUAGAUUCAAAUCGAAUAAUGUCAGAUUUGAAGCUUUUACAUAUAUUCUACUCGAAUGUGCCUGUUCUAUUUUAAUAAUUAUUUCAAGAGAAUAGUUUUAUUUUAUAGUUUCUUUAUAGAAAGUUGCAACUUAAACAACGCAUCUAUCUUAAAUAACAAAACAAGGGGGAAAAGUAAAAUCACAAACAUACUGAACUCAGAGGAAAAUCCAAUCAGAAAGUCCAUAAUCACAUGGCAAAAUCAAAUGACAAAACACAUCAAAAACGAAUGGACAAGACCUGCAUAUUUUUAGUUACUUUUCACAUAUAUAUGAGAAUCAAAAUUAGUUGUAUGAAUUUAUUUUUGAUUUUAUUUUCUAAAUAAUCAAACGCUGAUCUGUAGUUUUAAUUUUUUAUGCCAUUUGGUCUUCGAUGGAGAGUUGUCUCAUUGGCAAUCAUACCGAACCUUGUUAUUUUCAAAUUGGUAGUUUUAACAAUAUUUCUGUUACAGUAAAGAAGGUCUUUCGUUAAAACUAUUGUCCUCAAAUGUUUACUGACAUUUUUUAGUUGUGUAAAUAUCUAGAAAUAAACUAACUAUUCCUAGCUACAGUUGUCCUUUUAUAUUGGUAUCAAACUUUUAUUUUGUAAUUUUGUAGUGUACUUAUCUAUACAUGUUUUGAUUGCAUGCUU